GGUAGGCUACAGCAUCUCUGCAGUCCACCGCUCAGCUGUUGCACUCAGCUGCCCAGCGCUUCCACUUUACAGGAAACUUCUCACACCGCAGUCGUAUAUACCACACGCACACACUUACACACAAAGUGUAAACAGCUUGUGAUAGGUCGCUUCACCCUGCCCCAUCUGUUUGCGUGUUGAUCCCUUCAGCAGGCCCUGCUUCUCCUGUCCACAGCGUCCGUGAUGAGUUACUACAUGGAUCCAGUUUCUUCCUACCCGGCCCUUCACCCCUGUGACCGUCUGGGCGCAAUGAGGUAUAGUGGAGGGGUAGCAGUGGGCCCUCAGAACCACCUUGCAGGUGUGGUUCACCCUCAGCAGCAGUACUACCCAUCACAGCCCCUUUACAUCCAGGACAUACCCCUGCAGGAGGUGCCAAAUGGACACGACAUGUGCCCUACAGAUCCGGAGUGUGGAGAUGUCCCCCUGCUAACUCCAGGAAGUAAAGAGAUGAUGUCCCAGGCCCUGAAGGCCACCUUCAGUGGCUUCACAAAGGAACAGCAGCGGCUGGGUAUUCCCAAAGAUCCCAGACAGUGGACUGAAAACAAUGUGGCUGAGUGGCUAACGUGGACAGUGAAUGAGUUCAGUCUGAAGAAUGUCGACUUUGACAAAUUCUGCAUGAACGGAGCCAGCCUUUGUGCGAUGGGGAAGGAGCGUUUUCUGGACUUAGCACCUGACUUUGUGGGUGACAUUCUUUGGGAACAUUUAGAAAUGCUUCAGAAAGAGGAUGCAAAGCAUUACCCCAUCAAUGGACUGACCUCCAACUUCCAGGAAUCCCGUUAUACCUCAGACUACUUUGUCAGCUACGGUGUUGAGCAUGCUCAAUGUGUCCCUCCUUCUGAAUACUCAGAGCCCGGCUUCAUCACAGAGUCUUACCAGACACUUCAUCCCAUCAGCUCGGAGGAAUUGCUGACGCUCAAGUAUGAGAGUGAAUACCCUGCUGUCAUCCUGCGGGACACGCCCCUCAACCCGCUGCAGGGGGACUACUUCACCGUCAAGCAGGAGGUGGUAUCCCCCGACAACAUGUGUGUGGGACGCCUCAGCCGAGGUAAACUCGGUGGCCAGGACUCCUUCGAGAGCACUGAGAGCUUUGAGAGCUGCGACCGAUUGACCCAGUCAUGGAGCAGCCAGUCCUCAUUCAGCAGCUUGCAACGGGUGCCUUCGUACGACAGCUUUGAUUCGGAAGACUACCCCACUGCCUUGCAUAGCCACAAGCCAAAGGGCACUUUCAAAGACUAUGUGAGGGAGCGCUCAGACCUCAGCAAGGAUAAACCCGUCAUCCCAGCGGCGGCACUUGCAGGAUACACAGGCAGCGGCCCCAUCCAGCUGUGGCAGUUUCUCCUGGAGCUACUGACCGACAAGUCUUGCCAGUCCUUCAUCAGCUGGACAGGCGACGGCUGGGAGUUUAAGCUUUCUGACCCAGAUGAGGUUGCUCGGAGGUGGGGCAAGAGGAAAAACAAGCCCAAGAUGAACUAUGAGAAGCUGAGCCGUGGCCUACGCUACUAUUAUGACAAGAAUAUCAUCCACAAGACAUCAGGGAAACGCUAUGUCUACCGCUUUGUCUGUGACUUAAAAAGCCUGCUGGGGUACACUCCUGAGGAGCUCCAUGCAAUGUUGGACGUACAGCCUGAUACGGACGAGUGAAAGCAAAGGCAAAGCGAGAAGUGAAGACAAAAGUUGAGGAGACACGUGGACUGGGGCUCGUAAAGUGGUCUCAACUGUUUUGAUAGAGUUGGUAAAACCGUUUUUUUGGGGACCAAAAUGUUUUUAAUGACUAACUGUGGUCCUUGUCAACUUCAAGCUCCUGUCUCUCAGACCAUGUUUUAAAAAGAAGGCACAAGCCAAAAGCCUGUAUUCAUACCCUGUUGCAUUUGAGAUGUGUGUGCGCGCGUGUGUGUGUGUGUGUGUGAGCGUGCGUAGGUGUGAUUAUGUACCGGUAUUAUUUAGCAGCUCAAGGCAGAUCGCUAUCGGGUAGAGUUCAAGUUCCGUUCUGCCUAAGUAGCACAGUGGGGGAGACAAGAGGACCACGACAUAAGGACUGACAGAACCGAAAGAGAGCAAAAUAAUUGAUUAAUUUCAUGGUUUAGUUAGAACGGGUGAAACAUUCCUGCAUAGAAAAAAAAACAGUUGCCAAAUUGUAAAAACUGAACUAAGGAAGGUAUAAUGACAUAUUUACAUAAUUAUUCAGUGUUUCUCUUUGGCAAAAAGAGAGAAUUUUCAGCUUGGACCAAAAAAGUGUUGUUUCAGAUUUGUUGUUUGAGGAGCGUAUGCUUGUGCCAGUAUUAUAUUAUUAAUGUUGAGAACACCUAAUGUAAACCUACCAGGCAUAUAUUGGAAAGAUAUUUUUGUUGUGUUGUCAAUGAAGGUAUUACAACCAAGCAUCCAAUGCCAAGUUUUUUUUGUUCUGUUCUCUAGGAGCCUUUAACUGAAAUGUGCUGAUUGGUUAUCAGACAACACUAUAGAUACUGGCCAUGUGCUUUGUAGGGUUUGUGAGAUUACUCAUACCUAGAGUGUCUGAUAGACAAACAACUGAAAGUAGCCGUUGCUUUUGAAACUGACGCUUUCACCUUUAUGUAUGUUUGCCACCUUGUUAGAAACGCAUAUUGUGACUGAAACUCGUGCAUUUUUUGCAUAUACCACCAGUAUUAGCAAACUGUAGACAAUCUAUGUGAGGAACUUCAGGAGUCAUUGUUAUAAAGAGUUGUUUAAUGUGCAGAUUAGAUGCAUAAUUGGUCGGUUCACUGUCCAUGUUACGGUUGCUUUAGAAGUGUUUGAAUAGUCUUCUGUCUGUAUGUCUAUACAAUAAAAUCACAAGUGAAAUAAUUGAGGAAGUGAUUUUUCAAAAUCCUAAGAGAGCCAGUUUUUUUUUUUUUUUUGUUUUGUUAUGCAGUACAUUUUGGCCAUGAGGCUGCAGUGUAGCGUGAAGGUACAGUGUAGGAAAAAGGGACAGGCAAUAGAAAAAUGUAGAGAGAUUCUCUCUAGAAAUCUAGAGAGAAUCGGAAGUUGUGUGGGAUAGAUGAAGGUGACUGAAAGGAAUACUGCAGGUGAUGAUCACUUGUAAGGUCCGAUAGAGGAAGACUGACAGAAUUGAUGCAAGUUGGCGCUGCUUGGAGGUUUGCAUUGCAUGGGUUGUGUAUUUUCCACUGCUUGUGUGGUUUGUUGGAUGCACGAAUGCAGCUGAAACCUCAGUGCAAAAAGAGGCAUUUAGGACUAGUGGCAAACAAUUGUAUUUCAUUUUUGGGUUUGUGCGUUACUUAUCUAUGAGCAAAACAACAUUCAGUUCAUUGUGAGUAACUCAUGUAUGAUUCCACCCAUACUUGUGCAUUACGAAUCACAGGUUACUUUUGAGCAGCCGUUUUCUCCCAACAGUGGGAACAGUGGCUUUACACUGGCCUUAUGGGAAAUGCCAAAGUGGAAUAUCAUCUUAGAACACAAUGUUAUUGUUUACAGUGGCUGAAUGUUACCCAUAUGGAUGAAAAUAGCUUUUGAGAUGUCUAUUUGUACAGAUUGUAUUUCAUAAUCCUUUAUUGAGACCCAGAUUACACAAAUAAGCAAGAGACAAAGCAGGAAUAAUAACCAAAACCCUUGUGAGGUCUUUGGCCGCGGUGCUUCGGGUAUCUUCCACAAUGUCUGAAGACAGGGACCACAAUUCUCUCACAUUUUUUUUUUUUUUUUUUUUUGGAAAGUGUUGACUUUUCUUCCAUCUUUUGUUAAUAUGUUGGAAAGCACACAAGCUUUAGGACUUAAUGCCUUCGCUGAUCUGGGUUUCCCACUGAGUGCAGGAAAGAGAUGCUGGAUAUGUUCAUAAUGUUUAAUUGGUAAUAAGCUUGUCUGCCAUCAUCAAGCACUGACUCACAAACCCUCACCCAUGUUCGUCAACAAAUGGAUUCGUAAUAAGCUGCACUGUAGUUCCAUUCUUCUCUGCAUGUUGAUGUCAAGGUUUCAAAACACUGUUUUUGUUCAGGUUAAUUUUUUUGUUUAGGAGAGCUUUACAGAUUUUUAAAACAUAAUUGUAAUGGCUUUUCCCCCACACACAAGGUCAUAAUAUAAGUACAGUUAGUUUAAGAUUAAUGUGCUUAAAGAAAACAUGUUACCUAAAAUGUUAGUUUUGGAAAUGAUUUUGUACUAUUGUUUAAUGUCACGCAUAACAAUCUACUGCAGGUAAUAUGUAUUAAUGAACCUUAGUUGGGCAAGUGUAUACACACCAGUAGUUUGUGGCAUAUGCAGAUCUCAAAAUGGAUUCAGAAGGAAAACCUUUUUUUUGUUAUGGAUGUUGUUGUUUUUUGUAUAUUUUAUAGUGUCUCUGUAUUUUUGUUAUGAGAUCAUUUUUAUUGUAUUUAGUUCACAAACAUUUGAAUAUUUUUCAAUAAUUUAUAUUUUAUAAAAGACGAGAGAUGCAGACAGCUGGUGCUUUCAUGGGACUAUAAAGGUAGCGCAGGACAAAAUAAUGUAGCGAUUCUUUUUUGUUUUUUUUAUUCUUUUAUAUAUAUAUAUAUAUAUAUAUAUAUAUAUAUAUAGAAAAUAGACCUGUCUGCUAGAGAAAAAAGGCUGAUGCUGGCCCAUCAAUGAUUUCUGCUGGAAAGGUUUUAUAAACUGUAGCUUCUAUUUCUAAAAUGUACUUAAUGUACUUCAAAAUGUUAUAAAAUAUAUGUGAACAAAGA